AUGGCGGCUACGGACCCAAGACGAUCGUCGAGGGCGCGAGCGACACAGUCGCAGUCACAAAUUUCUUCGACAACUUCGAGCCUCUCAGGACGCCCCGAGCGGAGCUCACGAUAUUUUAACAAGGGUGGCUCGCCACAAAAGUCUACAUCGACAGGGUCCCUUUCGUCGGAACCGCCAGAGGACACAAUCACCGCAGCCGAGGACCCCUUCGGCAGUCGCCGCCGGACUCGUGGACAAGCCGAGGAUCGAGAACGGGCUGGAGUUAAAACCGAGCCAGCCGACACAGCAAGUGCCGACGACGAAGGCGAUGGCGAUAUUCAAGAAGAGGACGAGGCCGUACGCUGCGUAUGCGGGAACGAAGAAUACCAAGGCCCGCCGCCACCAGACGAAGACUCCAAGCAUGGGUACAAACACGCAUUUGGAUUGGACUCAUUUUUUUCAACCGACGUUACGGACGAUACCGCUGGGCUGUUUGUGCAAUGCGAUGUCUGCAAAGUUUGGCAACACGGAGGCUGCGUCGGAAUCAUGACCGAAGAAUCCAGCCCUGAAGAAUAUUUUUGUGAGCAGUGCCGCCAGGACUUGCAUAAACUCUGGACGGCGAGUAAUGGAAGCGUUUAUUCCCAUUAUUUACCCCUCAAGCGAAACGCUCGGGCGACCUCCCGAGCAGCAUCCCUUAACAAGGAGACGGCCCGCUCGCCAACUAAAGAGAAAGAAACGCGUAACGGGAGAGCAACGUCAGCAAGCCAAGCCUCAAAACGUCGUUCCACACUCAAUAGCAGAGAAGCCGGCUACGAUGAAGCCGAAGCGCUAAGGAGGGCAAUUGAAGCGAGCAAAGAGGAAGUGCAUCUCGAUCCGAACGAGACCGGCAACAGGCGUCCGAAAAGGGGCAGAAGCGACAGUCAAGAAGAGAAACUCGAGGCUACAAAACGGCAAAAAACGAGUUCUCGAUCGGUGUCGCCUUUGUCAGACAACGCCGAGGAUUCUGACGAGGACGGGGUCGCUGCACGGAACGGAACGACAAAGCCCAAAUCACGAACGGCAGGGGCUAUACGCAGCCUGCGAGUCGAGAAAUCGUCGGAAAAGAAGGAAAAGGAGCGGCAGCGAACCGAAACCGCCAACAAACGGAAGGACAGAGCUGAGCGUCGGCGAACCGAUGGUAUGUAUGGUGCUGACGUGUUGAUUCAAGCAGAAGACUCAGACCCCUCAGAAGAGGCGCCCCUGGCAACAAGGGCUGCGACAAGUAAACCCGCCCAACCCUCAGCGGCCGUGAAUACCGACAUCCCUUCGCCACCAGAACCCGCCGCUCUUCCAUCCGUGGCUAACGAGCCAGCCCCGACUUCCAAUUCUGCUCCAGAUACACCACCGAUGACUGCGGCCCAGGCCAAGGUCGAUAAGAAACGAUCGCACAAGAAAAAGGGCCGUAACCAAUACACCCGCGAUCGCGAUGCCCAGGACGACGACUCUCCUGCCCGGUCACAGUCCCGCGAGAUUCAAAAAGAUGACCAGGCGGCCCCCGCCAGCGGAAAAGCAGGGGUUGGCGGAGAAAAUUCCGGCAAGGCAAACCCCAAGGCAAAGGGCGGCAUGAGCAACAAGGUCACCAUGAACGACCUGAAGAGGAGGGCGACGGCGCUCCUGGAUUUUAUCUCGCGGACACAAGUAGAAAUGGCAGGCGAGUCACCUCCCGGGGGCUCGAAGGGCGAGAACGGCGUCAACGGCGUUGCCCAUCCUCCCAACGGCACUUCAGCAUUGCAGGAUCAAGACGACGGGUCGAGCGCCGGUCCAACUCUUGCAGUCGGGGACGUCGAGAGCUCAUCUGCACAAAGCAGAGAGUUUAAGGAGCUCGACUGCGUGGAGAUGAUGGACAACUUGACCCGGCGGCUCGUCAAGUGGCAGCAGCAAUAUGCCGCCUGA